AUGGCUGAAGGUUUCCUGAUCGAGUCGCUUGAUGAAUCAGUCAUCAUCCCACUACCUCCUCUUAUUGAAUGUCCAGACAUUCCCAACAAUAGGAGUGAAAUCCCAACUCCAAGCGCUGUGCUGCACCAGCCUCAUCUUCGUCUCAUAGCCAAAUGCAUUCCUGAGUUAGAUCCUCAGGCUGAAAUUCUCCUGUUGCUAGGUCGAGACAUCUUACGUGCACACAAGGUUAGAGAGCAACUCAAUGGGCCUCAUCAUUCUCCGUUUGCCCAACGGCUAGAUUUAGGGUGGGUCGUAGUUGGAGAGGUGUGCCGGGGCAAGGUUCAUAAACACACGGUCAACACGUUCAAGACGACGAUUCUCGAAAAUGGCCGUCCAACAGUUUUCGGACUCUGUGACAACUUUCUGCAACUCACAGCAAUGCCACGCACUAAAAGACAGGAUAAGGCACCUGAACAAACUCUCGGAAAAACAGUAUUCAAUCGCACAGAAAACGACAACAAACCAGCUCCAUCUAUCGAGGACAUUCUCUUCUUGGAGAUUAUGGACAAAGGAAUGUAUAGAGAUGACAAGAAUAAUUGGGUAGCACCCCUUCCCUUCAAAGAACCUCGCCAACAGAUGCCAAACAACAGGGAGCUUGCAGUCAGUCGGUUUUUGUCUCUCAAAAGAAACUUACAGAGAAAACCUCAAAUGCAAGAGCAAUACGUCGAGUUCAUGCAAGGCAUUUUCUCCAAUGGUCAUGCUGAAGUGGCUCCUCCACUGAAACAAGGUGAAGAGUGCUGGUAUCUUCCAACUUUCGGGGUUUAUCACCCACAAAAGCCCAAUAAGAUCAGAGUUGUUUUUGAUUGCAGUGCCCAGUAUUCCGGCGUCUCCCUCAACAGCGUCCUUCUCUCCGGGCCUGAUUUGAACAACAGUUUGCUUGGGGUCCUCCUACGAUUUCGGAAAGAGGCAGUUGCCAUUAUGGCAGACAUACAGCAAAUGUUUCAUUGUUUCCUGGUGCGUGAUGACCACCGGAACUAUCUCCGUUUUCUGCGGCAUAAGGACAAUGAUGUAAAUAAGGAGGUCAUCGAAUAUCGAAUGAAGGUCCAUGUAUUUGGAAACUCGCCAUCACCUGCAGUAGCCGUUUAUGGAUUGCGCAAAGCCAUCCAGGAAGGGGCAAAGGACUAUGGCACCGACACAGUCGAGUUUGUGGAAAGGCAUUUUUACGUUGACGAUGGCUUGAUCUCUGUGCCUUCUCCAGCCGAAGCAAUUGACUUGCUCCAAAGAACAAAAGCCGCUCUUGCUGAGUCCAAUCUUCGUCUGCACAAGUUUGUCUCUAAUUCUCGAGCAGUCACAGAAGCCUUUUGUCCUGACGAUUGUGCAACAAUCAUUAAAGGCCUAGAUCUGGAAGGUGAAGAAACUCAGUCACAACGAAGCCUAGGUCUCAUUUGGGAAAUAAUGACAGACACUUUCACCUUCUCAGUGGCCACUGCAAUUAAACCAUUCACUCGCCGAGGUGUUUUGUCCUCUGUUAACAGCAUCUUUGACCCUCUGGGUCUGUUGGCACCUGUCACUAUCCAAGGAAGAGCGCUACUCCGUGAACUAUCAUCAGAGUGUUCAGAAUGGGAUGCACCUCUUCCGGAGAACAAGCAAAACAAAUGGGAAAGUUGGAGAGAUUCCCUAAAAGAUCUUAAAGAGCUUCACGUCCCAAGAACCUACACAUCAACUUCUCUCAGGCAAGCAGAACGCAACGAACUGUAUUUAUUUUCAGAUGCUUCAACCAAAGCAAUCGGUGCUGUAGCCUACCUGAAAGCAGUCCAACAAGAUGACAAGGUUGAGGUAGGAUUCAUUAUGGGCAAGGCAAGACUUGCUCCUCAAUCAGAACCCACUAUACCAAGGCUUGAACUGUGCGCCGCCGUCUUGGCAGUCGAGAUGGCCGAUCUAAUUCAGGAGGAGUUAGACCAACAGCUGGAUGGAGUUCAUUUUUACACAGACAGUAAAGUAGUUCUCGGCUACAUCUGCAACGAGUCAAAAAGAUUCUCCACAUAUGUCCACAACAGAGUGCAGCGUAUUCGUCAGUCCUCCAAACCAGAACAGUGGCAUUAUGUGCGCACAGAGGAAAACCCUGCAGAUCAUGCUUCACGAUCACUCACACCAUCUCAACUGGCAAAAACAAUAUGGUUCACCGGACCAUCCUUCAUCUAUCGUUCAUCUGCAGAAACAAACCAAGCAAGUGGGAAGUUUGAGUUAAUUGAUCCAGAAAAAGAUUGCGAAUUAAGGCUACAAGUUAAAACACUGGCGACUAACCUUCAAGUACUCACAUGUAAAGGCUUCCAACGCUUCUCUACCUUCAAGUCAUUGGUCAGAGCGAUAGCUUUCCUCAUUCACAUCGCAAAAUCAUUCAAUGGCAGUAAUCCAAACAGAAAAUGCAAAGGAUGGCACAAAUGUCACUUACCUCAAACACUGGACGAAAUGACUCGCGCUAAACACAUCAUUCUCAAGGAGACACAACGAGCAACGUUUGGAAAAGAACUGUUGGCUCUUCAAGCUGGAAAACCAAUUCCCACACAAAGCCCUCUACAAAAACUCAGCCCAAUCCUGGAUGAUGGCCUUAUAGUUGUCGGAGGCCGAAUCAAGCACUCUGAUUUUGAGAACUUUGAAAAGAACCCAAUAAUCAUUCCCAAGGACUCUCACAUUUCUCUCCUGCUCACUCGUCACCACCAUGAGCAAGUAAAACACCAGGGUCGCCACCUGACAGAAGGCGCAAUAAGGGCUGCUGGGCUUUGGCUUAUAGGUGGCAAAAGACUUGUCAACUCUGUGAUCCACAAAUGCAUUAUUUGCCGCAAACUACGUGGAAAACAGGAAGAACAACGCAUGGCAGAUCUGCCGUCUGAACGCCUGAAAAUGUGUCCUCCUUUUACUUAUGUGGGCCUUGAUGUUUUCGGGCCAUGGACAAUAACUACCAGGCGUACUAGAGGUGGACAAGCCCAAAACAAGCGCUGGGCCAUCAUGUUUAGCUGCAUGAGUUCGAGAGCUGUACAUAUUGAGGUGAUCGAAUCCCUGGACACAUCCAGCUGUGUAAACGCCCUGAGACGCUUCUUUGCUCUGAGGGGUCCCGCCAAAAGUCUUUUAUCUGAUCGAGGUACAAACUUCAUUGGGGCAUCCAAGGAGCUAGGAAUGGACAGUACGGUGCAACAGUAUCUAUGUGACCAAGGGUGCAUCUGGGAAUUCAAUCCACCUCAUGCCUCCCACAUGGGAGGCGCCUGGGAGCGCAUGAUUGGUGUGGCUCGAAGAAUUCUGGACUCCAUGCUGCUUCAAAACAAGGUUGAACUAACUCACGAAGUGUUGUGCACUCUCAUGGCGGAAGUUACAGCCAUCAUAAAUGCAAGGCCACUUCUCCCAGUUUCUUCGGAUCCAGACAAUCCAUUCAUUCUGUCUCCGUCAAUGCUCCUCACACAGAGAUCGUGCCUUCUACCACCUCCUGGAGAAUUCUUGGAGAAGGACUUGUACACUAAGCAAUGGAGGCAAGUUCAGGCUCUUGCCAACCAGUUUUGGACGCGUUGGAGGAGGGAGUACCUGCCCUUACUACAAAAGAGACAGAAAUGGACUCAAUCUAGAAGAAAUCUGCAAGUCGGUGACCUUGUUUUGCUCAAAGACAAGCAGGUCACACGCAACAGCUGGCCUAUGGCCCGGGUCACUGCAACAUUCCAUGGAAAGGACAAUUGUGUAAGAAGGGUCGAAGUUGAAGUCAGUGACCAAGGCAACAUUAAGACAUUUAUGCGACCAGUGACGGAAAUCAUCCUCCUCCUCCCCAAGGACUGAUUCUUUCAAGGCUUAGUUAAGCUUAUAGUGCCCCCUACGGGCCAGGCAGGGAGUGUGUUG